AUGUCCCAUUCAUUUUGCGACGAAAAUCAAGGAACUAUCGGUCUAGCCUUUACCUGGAUACUCUUAUCCUUCGGUAUCCUUACCGUGAGCUUGCGAAUCUACGUUCGCUCGGGUGUCAAUGGCAAAAUUGGGUGGGAUGACUACACAGCAGUGGCAAGUCUGGUUAGUACACCGUCUUACCUGCGCUUUGCGUUUACCUCUGUCGUUGCACGAUUUCCAAACCGCAUGAAGGAUAAAUGGCUCACACUAGCGCUCAUCCAGGCCGUAGGAAUCCUAGCCGGCGGUUUCUUCACCAAAAUGAUCACCUCGGGUAUGGGUCGACAUGUAUCCUGCCUUCCCCCACAAUCUGUCAUUGCCAUGCUCGAAUUCAGUGCUAUCUCUGAAGCCCUCAACGUCUUCGGCAUUGGCGUCGUCAAGAUCUCCGUCUGCUUAGCCCUUCUCCGAGUCGUGGAACGCGCUCGCCGCGGGAUCACUUUGUUCCUCCGGUCCCUCCUCGUUUUCGUCGCCGUCACCCACCUAGCGCUAGCGCUGCUCUUCUUCCUGCAUUGUAGACCCCUGGCCGCGCUUUGGAACCCGAAGGUCCAAGGAUCGUGCUUAUCAACGCACACGACGGUUCUGGCGGGAUAUGUUGGCUUUGCUGUUGAUGUUGUGACGGAUUUGGUGUGUGCCGGUAUACCUGUCUUGGUCAUCCAUCGGCUGCAGAUGAGCUUUCGAACCAAGGUCGCGUUGUGUGUGCUUAUGGGCUUGGGGGUCUUUACCGCAGGAUGUGCGGUGGCUAAAGCUAUCACGUUAAGGGGCGUCUUUGCGGAUGACUAUACGUUCGGCUUCACGAAGCCUGCGACUUGGGCUGCUGUUGAGCAGUUUGUUGGGAUCAUCAUUACUUCAAUUCCCGCUCUACGUCCAUUGUUGAGAAGCUUCCUGGAGCAAUCUCACAAUCGCUCUGGUAUUCGGAGGUACAUAUUCUGGGGGAGCAAGACUGGUAGCUUUGGUUUCGGUAAGAAAGGCAGUCCACAACAACAAGAGCAACAACAGCAACAAUAUCAACAACAGAAACAGCAACAGGUCUCUCGCUCCGAAUCGAGUGUGCAAGAAAGCGUACGGACGAAGAACACAUUCUUACCUUGGCAUAGAGACAGUCGAGGAUUGCCUUUCAGCAGUAGUGACUCGAAUCAGGCGACUGCGGUCUAUAAAGAAUCCUCGAAAGGCGGCACGGGACAGGUAGAUCCAGAGAAGGUACUUCUUGGCGAUAGGUUUGGCGAUAGGUUUGGCGAUGUGGUUGGAAGGGACUAUCUGAAGGGGUGGUCACUUCCUGAUAUUGCGGAUCGAAGGUCGGCGAUGAUCGCUAUACCGGUGUUCGACGUAUGA